AUCUUACUUUGUGCAUCUAUGUAAUUAUGCAGUGCCUUGUCAUUGAUGAAGCCGAUCGCAUACUUGAGCAAAACUUUGAGGAAGACAUGAAACAAAUAUUUAAACGCCUUCCCCAGAAUAGGCAGAUUGUUCUUUUUUCUGCUACACAGACUCCAGAGGUUGAAAAAUUUGCUAAACUGUCAUUUGAGAAAAAUGAAGAAAGUAAAAAAAGCCUGUUUAUGUUGGAGUUGAUGAUGAUAAGUCAAAGGCUACUGUUGAAGGCCUGCAACAGGGUUAUUGUGUCAUUUCUAGCGAUAAAAGGUUCUUGGUUCUGUAUGCUUUCCUAAGAAAGAAGCGGAAUAAUAAGAUCAUGUAAUUC